UAUUCCGAAAAACACGAAAUAUUGCUGGCUUAUUAAUAUGCCUAAAAAGAAGGAUCAGUCAAAAUCGCGCACUAACAUUGACGAUGAGGCGUUGGAGUGGUUGAAACCGAAAACACUAAUAAAACCCGAUGAUCAAUUGCCGCUAGCUGAUGCCGAGCUAGAAGAGGAAAUAGCCCGCGUCCUCACCACAAUAAACCCACAGUGGGUGCCGGACGAGGUCGCCUACCACUACGGCCAGGGGAAGUUCGUGGCGAAACCCAAACCCACUUACGGCAAGGCGUACCCGCUCUAUGUCUACCAGGGUACGGCGAUACGCAAGGACUCGGAUGAAGCGAAAGCGCAGGUUGCUGCUGGAUAUGGAAUGGUGAGUUUUGACGACGCUGGACCGAAACGAGUGAAGGUCAAGAAAUCAGCGGCUGAGGAGGAGGAAGAGGAGGAACCAGAAGCUGAACAGCCGGCUGCUGAAGAAGCCAAGCCUGAAGAGGAUGUCCGCGAUGAAGAGGAGGAACCGGCACCAGAAACGCAGGAGGAACCAGAAGCAGUGGCAGACGAGGAGAAGGAAGUUACUGAUGAAAAUGCCGAGGAGGCAGAACCUGAAGAAAAGGAAGAAGAAUUGCCCGACGUUGACGAAGAGAACAUAGUGAUAAAACCAAGAGUCAAGAAGUUGGCAAAUCAGUUCAAUUUCUGCGAGCGAGCUGCUCUCACAUACAACAACCCUUCCAGGUCUGUUGACACACAAACUGCACCACCACCGAGAGCGAACUACGGAGCCACUGCGCUCCAGUGCAUCAUCUAUGACUUCUAUCAGGAGGACUUCGCCAAAAAACAGAAGGAAAAAGAAGAGGAAAAACCAAAACGACUUCGCAAGAAGACUACGAAGCACAAGAAGUCCGAGCAGGAGAUACACGAUGAGCAGCUGGCUCAGAGGAUCCGCGAGGCGUGGACCGUUCUAGAACGACUGGUCAACCAGAACAUAUACGACGAUAUAGCUCAAGACUACCGCUACUGGGACGAUCCGUCGGACGAGUUCCGCGACGGCAUGGGUUCGCUGCUGCCGCUAUGGCGGUUCCAGUUCGAGCCGAUGCGCAGCCAUGCGGUGUGUGAUGUGCAAUGGAACCCGCACUACCAGGAUCUGUUCGCGGUGGCUUAUGGCUCACUGGACUUCACGCAGCAACAGAAGCAGGGCUGCCUGUGCCUGUACAGCAUCAAGAACCCCGCCUACCCCGAGUACUCUGUCCUCACAGACUCGCCCGUCAUCUGUCUGGAUGUGUAUAAGGAGACGCCUUAUUUGAUUUGCGUUGGUUGCUACGAUGGAAACGUAUUGGUAUACAACGCGCAAUUGACGCUUGAGGCAUCCUACCAGUACAAGUCUGAUUCUGUGAAAGACAAACACAGCAGCGUUGUCUGGGAGAUUCGCUGGGGUGCUCGUCUCAUCGACGGCGAAGCGUCGUUCUUCUCCAUAUCCAGUGACGGUCGCGUGGUCCAAUGGGCAGUAUUACCAGGCGAACUGCAGGCCACUACGGUAAUCGCGCUCGCUCCACCCACACAACCUCCGCCUGGACCUGAUGGGACGCUGCUGAAUAUCAAUAGUUGCGGCAGCUGCCUCUGUUUCCACCCGGAGAAAGCCGACAUCUUUAUGGUGGGCACCGAAGACGGUAUGAUCCACACCUGCUCGCUCAAGUACAACCGCAACUACGUGCGCUCCGUCCAAGCCCACCACAUGCCCGUCUACCGCAUCAGCUACAACCACUACAAUAAUACUAUCUACGCGUCUUGUGCUGGAGACUGGAGGGUGAAGAUUUGGGAGGAUGGAAGGGAUGAGCCGCUAUUCAUGUUCGAGCUGGGUUCCCCGGUGGGCGACGUGAAGUGGGCGCCAUACUCCAGCACUGUCUUCGCCGCCUGCACAUCUGAUGGCAAGGUGUACGUGUUUGAUCUGAAUGUGAAUAAAUACAGACCCAUAUGCGUACAAGCCGUGGUCUCCAAGAAGACCAAGAAACUCACCAGAAUUGACUUCAACCCCAAACUGCCUGUUAUAGUGUGUGGGGAUACGAAGGGAACAUGUCACGUGGUUAAAUUGUCACCGAAUUUGAGAGUUAUGUGCAAGCCUCCGAAGAAGGCGCAAGGAAUUGACCAAAGAACUUUGCAGAUUAUGAAAUUAGAAAAACUACUAAGCUUAGUUCGAGAUCCGCCUUUCCAAACGGGAGUCGUGGAAGAAAAAUUUGAGGACGAUUAGACGAUAAUGGUUUUAUACUGUCUAAUGUUGCAAUUAAUUUC